AGGGGGGGGCGGCGGGCGCUCUCCGCUCCGCUCCAGGAGGGGCGGCUGCUGACUUCCUCCGCCCGCCCCGCUCCGCUCAGCCUGCUGCCCCCGGCCGCUGCCCCCGGCCGCCAUGGCGGUGGGUGGCUGAAGGAUCCAGCGCCCCCCCCUGGACGAGCUGAUGUUAAAAUCAUGGAUUCCAAAGAAUUGCUUAAGUCGUCAGAUCAAGACGAAACCGGGAAAAAUGUGCUCAUGAGUACCAAAGGAGGGAUUGUGAUGGACUUCCAUCCGCCCUUCAGGGGUGGAGCCUCCGCACAAGCCCCUGUAUCUGCAGCUCCUCUCCCCGUGUCUUCUCAGUCAGACUCUGCUCAGCAACCCGCUCUGGCUGACUUCUCUAAAGGAUUGGUAAACAAUGUGCCUCCGCCGGACCUGUCCAAGGCAGUGUCGCUCUCCAUGGGACUGUAUAUGGGUGAAACAGAUGCGAAAGUGAUGGGAAACGACCUUGGAUUUUCACAACAGGGCCAAACUGGCAUCCCUUCUGGAGAAACGGACUUCAGGCUCCUGGAGGAAAGCAUAGCAAGCUUGAACAAGUCCUCGAGCCUGGCAGAGGACACGAAGGGAGCAGUGUCAUCCGAGGCGCCGCUGGAGCCGGACUUUGCGGGCAUGGCUGGCCGCGGGCCCCUGGAGCCGGGGGCUUCGGUCCAAAGCCAGGUCGGCUCCAACGGCGGCAGCCUGAAGCUGUUCUCUGAAGACCAAAGCACCCUGGAUAUCCUCCAGGACUUAGAAUUGCCAUCGGUAUCGCCUGGCAAAGAGCCGAAUGGGAGCCCGUGGCGGCUGGACCCGUUGCUCGAUGACGGAGGUUUGCUGUCCCCCAUCUCUGCUGACGACACGUUCCUCCUGGAGGGAAACCUGGGGGAAGACUGCAAGCCCCCCAUUUUGUCUGACACUAAACCUAAAAUUAAUGACCGUGGUGACCUUUUACCCAGUUCCAAAAUGCCGAUGCCUCAAGUGAAAACAGAAAAGGAAGACUACAUUGAACUCUGUACUCCUGGCAUAAAGCAAGAAAACAUGGGCCCAAUUUACUGUCAGGCAAACUUCUCCGGGUCUAAUCUGCUGGGUGCUAAAGUCUCUGCCAUCUCUAUCCAUGGUGUCAGCACCUCUGGGGGACAGAUGUAUCACUAUGAUUUAAACACUGCAUCGCUCUCUCAGCAGCAGGAUCAGAAACCAAUUUUUAAUAUCAUUCCAUCUCUUCCUGCCAGUUCAGAAAAUUGGAAUAGGUGCCAGGGAUCAGGGGACGAGGCUUUAGCUCCCUUGGGAACGCUCAACCUUUCUGGCAGACCUGCUUUCUCUAAUGGCUAUUCAAGCCCUGGACUGAGAUCAGAUGUAAGCUCUUCUCCAUCCACAACCUCAGCGACUACGGGACCACCUCCCAAGCUCUGCCUCGUGUGUUCUGACGAGGCCUCUGGGUGUCAUUAUGGUGUUCUUACUUGUGGCAGCUGCAAAGUGUUCUUCAAAAGAGCUGUGGAAGGGCAGCACAACUAUCUCUGCGCUGGAAGGAACGACUGCAUUAUUGACAAAAUCCGGCGGAAGAACUGCCCGGCGUGCCGCUAUCGGAAAUGCCUCCAGGCGGGCAUGAACCUCGAAGCCCGCAAGACGAAGAAGAAGAUAAAAGGCAUCCAGCAGGCCACCGCCACGGGCUCCAGGGACGCCGCCGAAGCUGCUGGAAAUAAGAGCGUGGUUCCCGCGUCGCUGCCGCAGCUCACACCCACACUGGUGUCGCUGCUGGAGGUGAUCGAGCCCGAGGUGCUGUACUCCGGCUACGACAGCACGCUGCCCGACUCCAGCUGGCGCAUCCUGUCAACCCUCAACAUGCUGGGAGGACGGCAAGUGGUUGCUGCGGUCAAGUGGGCGAAGGCAAUACCAGGUUUCAGAAACCUACACCUGGAUGACCAAAUGACCCUUCUGCAGUACUCCUGGAUGUUCCUAAUGGCUUUUGCUUUAGGAUGGAGAUCAUACAAACAAUCAAAUGGAAAUCUCCUUUGCUUUGCACCAGAUCUGAUUAUUAACGAGCAGAGAAUGAAUCUACCCUGUAUGUAUGAACAAUGCAAACAUAUGCUGAUGGUUGCCCGCGAGCUGUCACGGCUUCAAGUCUCAUAUGAAGAGUAUCUCUGCAUGAAAACAUUGCUUCUCCUCUCUACAAUUCCUAAGGAAGGCCUGAAGAGCCAGACUUUGUUUGAAGAAAUUCGCAUGACAUACAUAAAAGAGCUGGGAAAGGCCAUCGUGAAAAGAGAAGGGAACUCGAGCCAGAACUGGCAGCGGUUCUAUCAGCUGACGAAGCUGUUGGACUCUAUGCACGAUGUGGUUGAAAAUCUUCUGAGCUUUUGCUUCCAGACGUUUUUGGAUAAAUCCAUGAGUAUUGAGUUCCCAGAAAUGUUGGCAGAAAUCAUCAGCAACCAGAUACCAAAAUACUCAAAUGGAAAUAUAAAGAAGCUCUUAUUUCAUCAGAAGUGACUGCCUUAAUACAAAAGGGUUGCCUUAAGAAAACGUCAAAUGAUAGCUUUUUUCUUUUUUUCUUUUCUUUUUCUUUUUUUUUUUUUUUUUUUUUUGUAAAGACAGAACCUACCAGACUUGUUCAUUUUGUCCUUGCAGCGGUGUUUCUUUUGUAAUUAUGCACUACAUGUGGUUUACAGAGGGCCAAGAUUUAGGCGAUAGAAGCAGCGGAUUCCUCACAUUUAAUACGUGACUGGGGAGAAAGGAAAGAAGAAUACAUUUUGCUUGCCAGAAAUUGUACUUCUCCCCCUGUGCGACACCAAUGGAUGCAUCAAAACCACCGGUGACAAGAUCUGAGGCUGUGUUACGAACAUUCUGCUAAUUAAUUUCUGCAGUCGGCUGGAAACAAUUUUAUUUUUUAGUAAUGCGUUUUGGAUUUUCUUUUUUUUUUUUUAAAGUUAAGGUAGCAUUUUGGUUUAUGCAUGUAACCUGAAGAAAGUUUACAAGUGUAUAUCAGAAAAGGGAAGUUGUGCCUUUUAUAGCUAUUACUGUCUGGUUUUAGCAAUUUCCUUUCACUUUAUAUACCGUGAACGAGGCUUGUUCAUUUUUUCUUACAUAAUUUUUUUGUAAUACUUCAAGAUGCCUAUUGUACAGCUGGUUUUUUAAGGCGGGGCAGCUCGUAGCUUUCCUAAAUGACCUCUAGAUGUUCAUCCUUGAGUAUAUUCGUGUGGAAAUGGGUUGGGUUUUCUAACCUGAUAGCUUUCAACUGUCAAGGCGACCGUAAAAUUUGGCAUUUUUUAAGGGCCAGGGUGGGUGGGAGAACACUCUCAAAUCUAAUUUCAGUAGAUGUGAAAUGAAACAAAUACUUUUGGUAUAAUGUACAAAAGCGUUGGAUAUGCAGAUUCAUAGAGAAUUAACACAGUCCUAACUGGAUGUAAACGAGCAGGUUAUUUUAUAUAUUAUAAAAACAAAAAGCCUGAUUUUUGCAUAUAAUGCAACAGCCAUAACUACGAGAGUCAUGGGCUGCGUUGAUGCCAAGAAGAUCAGUCCUGACCGCCCAUCAGGAAACCUUCAGGAAAAUAUGCAUAGCUUCAGAAAAGUUUACUUCUGCGCGGAGGAACUCGCGCCUUCCGCGCCCCGAACCCGGCGCCGCGCAGGACCCGCGGGAGGGCGGCCGUGGGGCAGAGCAGAGGCCGCCCCCCUCUGCGCCCGGCGCUUCGGCUCCGCUCUUCUGUGCCGCUGGGCUCCGGGUGCGCGGCCCCGGGGCGACGUCGGAGAUGUUGGCUCCGCUGGCGCCGCCCGCACCUCGCACGCAGCGGCCGCAACCCGCGCGGCGCCGCCGCCUCUCGCCUCUGCUUCGCCCUUCUCCUCCGGAGCAGGAGAGCUCCGCUGCCGGCUUCGUGGUCCCGCAGGUGUAACGUCCGCCCUUGUCUGUGUACGGCUGCGUCCCUUCCUAUCGAGUGACUAGCGUGCCAUAAAUCUGCCAUAGGUCUCGUGAAUCUCUCCUCGUUGCCAUGGGUAGCUGUAUUUUGAGACGUUUAGAAGCUGUAGUAGCCUUUUCUACCUGCACCUUAACGAUUUUCUGUGUCUCGAAAUUGAAAUAUUUACCAAGCCACUCUAAAAUUUGAUUUGUACUGAAAGUGGCCCGAUUAUUUGUGUAAUAGCGACGAGAAAAAUCAUCUGGGAAGAUACAAAACCUAAUAUAUUUUUGUAUUUAGUUAUAGUUUCCAGUAUGUAUAAUCGGUAUAUUCGCUGAUCUGAGAAAAGAAGGGAAGGGCUACUGCAGCUUUAAAAGCAAUUUAUUAAUGACUGUAAAAUAGCUUGUAUAGUGUAUAAUAAGGAUGAUUUUUAGAUGACAGAUUGCUUUAUCAUGAUACAUGUAAUUAUAUUUUUUGUAGGGGUCACGGAUGUGCUGAAUGGUAACCCGUGCCAGCCGUGCUUUGUCUGGAGGUAGUGCUGAAGGCACUGACAUUCAGCAUCCAAAGAAGUACUCUGUCAGAAAGAAACAAAAAACAAACCUGUGUUCAGUGGCUGUUUCUAAGGUUGAAUUUGCAUUUCUCCAAUCACUGUGUCAGAGCGCAAGUCGGACCUUGGGCGGAACGCUCCCCUCCGCGCCUCCGCCUGAGCGGAUGGGCUCCCUUCGUAGACAGCCGCGCGCCGCAGCGAGAGCAGCUGGAAACAUUGGGCAAUAAUAUGCAUCAGGUACCAGCAAUAUGUAAAUACAGAGCGUAGGUUGUUCACAACACACCGGUUCCUUUCUGCCGUUCAGCAGAAGCUCGUUUCCGAGCGAGAUAGGAAACUCGAUUUUUCAUCCUUUCUUAAACCUUUUUGAAUGUUAUACCUAUGAAAGAAAAAGAUGCUAUAUUAAGUACUUUGGAGUAAAAUAUCAUCUUUAAUAAAAAACGAAAGUUCUUCUCCUCUCUUUGAAUGAUCUGUACAAAACACGUACAUUUUAGGGCAGUUUUAGGUGCCCUUCAGCGCUUGGGGGCGGCUCUGGGCCCCUCAGCCCUGGGGAUGCGCGCUGCGGCGCUGCGCCCUGGCAGAGCUCUGCUGGAGAUCCACCAUUGCAGCUCUGUGUGCAGGCGGUGCGUGCAGCCCUUCUGCAGAGUUGGCGUGCGCAGACGCUGCUUCUGCUCUCUUUCGGUCUGGUUUUUUUGGCCUUUGCUUUUUUUUCUUUUUUCUUCUUUCUCUGGUUUAUUUCCCCCUCCUCCCCCCAGCAGAGAAUUAACUACAGUGAAUGUGAACAAAUCGUUGUCGUCGCGAGAGAGGCGGUAACUGAGGAGAGGAAAGGAGAGGAGAGGCUGCCGCCCCUCUGCUCCGUGUGCCUGCAGGUUCCUUUCGGUUCGCGAGCGUAAGGAAAGAAGGCAGCUGUGGUGUUCGGAGGUGGCAUCCACGCUGCACGCGCUGUUGAGUUUGAAGCGUCACGGUUACAAACGCGUCGUGUUUGGUGAGCAGUGAGGAGUACGUGUGGUGUGUGUCAUAGUCCUGUAGCACUGGGCAGUAUCUGCACUCUGGGUAAAGCAGGGAGAAUGGCGACUUGUGUCCCUUCAGUGCCUUAUCACGGUGCGUGCGUCCGCGCGGGGCGUCGCGCUCGGGGCUGCACGGGGCGACAGGAGCGGCCUUAAGGAGGGCAGCGGGGAUGCGCCGGGGGCCGGUGCCGUGUUGGGCUUCAAAACGCCCUUGCCCUUUUUGCUACGACAGGUCAGGAAUAGGAGGAAGUGCCUGGGUGAGGGUCAGCCCGCUCCCGCUCCGUAGCGCUGGGCGAGGGCUGGGGCCGCGGCUCUGGGGGAGCGCCGUCGGCGUGCUGCGGCCCGGCACCGCGCAGACCCUGCGGCUGCUUUCGGUGUCACAUAGGAACCAAACGCUGGGGGAAGGAGCGGAGCCGCUCCCGAGGAUGGGAGGCGUGGGUGCUGGGGAGGCUGAGCGCGAAACACCCCGCCUCCACCAAGCGCGGGACAGCUGCGUCGGCCGUGUGUCAGUACUCUAUUUUGUAUAUUCAAAGAAAGAUAUAUAACGGGGACAAAUCCUAUAUCGUACCGGUGUAUGGCAUUAUUACAAAAAAAAAAAAAAAUCAUUAUUUUUAUCACAGUAAUUUUAAACAGCAUAAAAAAAUAAAAUUAAACCAGUGACUCCUGUUUAAAAAUGAAAGUUGUAGUUUUUUAUUCAUGCUGAAUAAUUCUGUAGUAACAAGUCUGUAGUUUUCACCGACUCAGUGAAAUGUUGGACUGUAAAAGCUUGUGUGGAAUUGUUGAGCAUUUAUUUUUUCAUUUAAAUUUGCUGUUCUGGUAAUACAAAGCCACACAUCUGUACAGAAGUUGCAGUAAAUGUGAGCCAUUUACAGCAAUGCCGAGUAAUGGACAGAAACCAUACAAUAAAAUUCUGCUUUUUUCAUUAAA